AUGAAGACCUUUCUGGCUCUAAUUGCUGCUCUUUUACUGGUUGGUUGUGCGUGGUGCCAGAGAUCAAGAUCCAGGGGGGCUUCAAGACAACAGCCGUCAUCUGGAAUGUCAGAAACUAUGAUGAACUAUAUGAUGAUGAAGUCAUUAAUGGGCCCAGGAGGGGGAAUGUUCGGAGGAAAUAACUUACUAGGAUUGAUGAUGCUGGGAGGCGGGGAAAUGAUGGCCAUGGACGAUUUGAUGCAGAUGAUGAUGUUGAGGCGUAUGAUGGGUGGUGGAGCAGGUGGAGGGCCAAAGGCCACACAGGGUUAAAUGUCUCCUAAAGAAGAUCUACAACGACACACAUAACUCCAUUGUUGUUUGUUAUAAUUUUUGUAACACUUGUACAUUGU